UAAAAAACGAAUCAUAUGUGUUUAUUAUUGAAUUUUGUCCAAAAACAAUAGCCGAAACGACGACACAAAAUUAUUCAAUUAUGAAUGAAAAAGAUGAUGACCAUAAUCAAUUGAAUAAUGGUAAACAAUCAUUGAAACCAUUUUCAUCGAUACCAGGACCAUGGCCAUCAUUACCAUUGAUUGGUACUGGAUGGUAUAAUUUUUAUUGUUCAUUAGUUGGUCGUUAUGAUCUAAAUAAAUUACAUGAAUUUAAUAUUGAAAAAUAUCAUAAAUAUGGACCAAUAUUUUGUGAAGAAUAUCAAUGGCGACAACCGGUUGUCAAUAUAUUUGAUCCUGUUGAUUAUGAAACAGUGUUUAAAUAUCAAGGACGUUGUCCAAUUCGACCUUCGAAUGAAUUUGUAUCAUAUUUUCGUCGUUCCCGUCCAGAUCGUUAUCCAAGUGUUGGCCUCACCAAUCUUAAUGGUGAUGAAUGGUAUGAUCAACGAAAAAAAUUAGAACCAUCCAUUAUGAAAUUAUCGACAAUCAAUGAAAAUAUGCUGAAUCAAAAUGAAAUCUGUAAUGAUUUUAUUGAAUAUCUUCGUCAAUGUAUCAAUCCUGAUACAAAUAUUGUUGAUAAUAUUCAAGAAGCUACAUAUCGUUUAUCACUUGAAUCAAUUUGUAUGCUUUGUCUUGACACACGAAUCGGUGCAUUUGAUUCGAAAACAAACACACAACAACAACAAUCAUCAUCGGAAACAUCUACCGAUGCUGAAAUAUUGAUCGAAUCAACAAAACUUUUAUUCGAUACAUUCAAUGAACUUUAUUAUAGUUAUCCAUGGUGGAAAUUUAUGAAAACAAAUGCUUAUAAUAAUUUAGAACGUGCCGAAUCAAUGAUUUAUGAUGUUGCAUCCAAACAUGUACAGAAUGCUAUCGAUAAUCAAAUAAAUGAAAUAUCCGAUCAUGAAACAGUGUUACAAAAACUAUUCAAAACCGAACAAUUAACAAAUGAUGAAAUUAAAAUGGCAAUCAUUGAUUUUAUUAUUGGUGGAAUAUUUACCGUAUCCAAUACGUUUGCAUUUUUAUUCUAUCAUUUGGCUGCUAAUCAACGUGUACAGGAUAAACUUUAUGAUGAAAUUCGAUCAGUAAAAAUUGAUGAUGAUGAUAAUGAUGAUAUUCUACCAAAACAUUUGGCUAAAAUGCCUUAUCUAAAAGCUUGUGUACAGGAAUGUUUUCGAUUAACUUGUCCGGUUCCCGGUAUUAUGCGUAUAACAACACAGCCAAUCCAAUUAUCCGGUUAUGAAAUUCCGGCCAAUACAAUGAUUUUUGCACAUCUAAUGGCAACAUGUCGUUUAUCGGAAUAUUUCAAAAAUCCUGAUCAAUUUUUCCCAGAAAGAUGGCUGAAUCCGAUGGAAAAACAAAAAAUUCAUCCAUUCGCAUUAUUACCAUUUGGUUAUGGUGGCCGAAUGUGUUUGGGUAAAAGAUUUUCCGAAUCAGAACUUUAUUUAUCUUGUGCACGAUUAAUACAAUCAUUUCGUUUGCAAUUGAUUGAUCCAAAACAACAAUUAGAAUUGAAACAUGUUUUUGUUGUUAUACCGGCUAAUCCAAUCUCUAUCAAAUUAACACCAAGAUAAUUUUUUUUUACAAAUUUUUUAAAAUUA